CUUAAAUAAACGCCAUAAACCACACACACGAAUUUGCUCCCGCCUGCGUUUCAUCCCCUAAAAGCAAGGUUUGCCGUCGGCGGCGUCUCAUCCUCCUUUCUUGUUGACGGUCGCCCUUACCGAGCAGCCAUGGAUCAGAGUGAAAAGGCUUUCCAGAAGCAGCUCAAAAUCUUCAAUACUGCCAAGCCCGACAAGGUUAAGAAGGGCAAACCCAAGCGUAGAAACAUCAAAGUCGGGCUUGGCUUCAAGACUCCACGAGAGGCUAUUGAUGGUACCUACAUUGACAAGAAGUGCCCAUUCACUGGCAAUGUCCCCAUCCGUGGCCGCAUUUUGACUGGUGUUGUCCAGAAGAUGAAGAUGAACCGCACCAUCACUAUCCGUCGUGAUUACUUGCACUACAUCAAGAAGUACAACCGAUUUGAGAAGAGGCAUAAGAACAUGUCUGUCCACAUCUCGCCCUGCUUCAGGGACGUAAGGCCAGGUGACAUCGUAACAGUGGGCGAGUGCAGACCUCUUUCCAAGACAGUUCGUUACAACGUACUCAAGGUCACCUCUGCCCCUGGUACCAAGAAGAGGUUCCAAAAGUUCUAAAUAAAGCCUGUGGAAAAGUU